AUGCAACCUAAGGAGUUAGACCUGUUUACUAUACCACAUACACAGACUGCAGUAGAAGAGAUAUUUUAUCAAGACUGCCGAUCCAUAUCUCAAGUGUCCGGUCAGUCUCCGAUUGAAUUUCAUCUAUCCGGACAGAAUGGAAUGGAAUAUUUGGACUUGUCCCGCUCUCGUUUAUACGUAAGAUGUAAAAUCAAAGGCGGUGACGGUAGCAAUCUCAUAGCGGAUGAAAAAGUGGGGCCUACCAACCUAUUUCUACAAGGUCUCUGGAGUCAGAUCGAUGUCACGUUACAAGGAAAACUCAUCACUUCUACCAAUAACCACUACCCUUAUAAAGCGAUGAUACAGGCUCUGUUGAAUUAUGGUGACGAUUGUAAACAGACUCAGAUGACGUCACAGUUAUUCUCUAAGGACUCCCCCGGGUCUAUGGACGCAGCCAACCCAAACGGAGCAAACAGUGGAUUUUAUGAACGCAGUACUUAUACCAACCAAAGUAAAUCUGUAGAUAUGGAAGGAACUUUAUUUCAAGAUUUAUUCAAGAUCAAACGUUACAUCUUGAACCAAGUAGAUGUGGGUAUCAGGUUGUAUAGAAGUUCUCCAAAUUUUUGUCUCAUGUCUGAGGAAGUAAACGCUAACUACGAAGUCGUCAUAGAAGACAUUAUACUGAGGGCCUGCAAAGUAAGAUUGAAUCCAGCAAUCAUUUACGGUCAUGCCGAAGCUUUACAGAAGAUGAAUGCUAAGUAUCCUUACGAUAAAUCGGAAAUCAAGGUUAUGUCUGUACCACAAGGUCAAUUGAGUGUAUCCUGGGACAACAUUUUCCAAGGGAGUAAACCAAAUAAGAUCAUCUUGGGACUAGUAAGCACCGUAGCCAUGGCUGGAAGCUAUACGCUAAAUCCUUACAACUUUAAAAACUAUGACUUACGACAGAUCACUUUAUUAUGCGAUGGUGUACCUGUGGGUGGAGGACCAUUGAAACUGAAUUACAGUAAAAGUCAGGGUGAGACCGUCAUUCCAGCCUAUAUCAGUCUGUUCCAAGUCAGUGGACAAUGGAUGCAAAACGUGGGGAAUGGAAUAGACCGAGAUGAAAUGGGGUCUGGAUACGCCCUUUAUGGAUUUGACCUACAACCGACCUUCCAACGUGAAGAUUAUCUCAAUUUAGUCAAGCAGGGGGUCAUUCGACUCGAACUACAAUUUGGAACACCACUACCCGAAGGAGCCUCCAUCAUUAUAUACAGUGAGAGAUCAGGUUACUUUGAAAUCGAUCAUUCCAGAAAUAUCAUCACCGAAGGAUGA